CAAAAAAGUCUAUGGAAAACAAAUGGCGAUUGUAUUCACUUAUUUGUUUUCUAUUGUGUAUUUUUACGUAAAUAAAUAUAUUUUUACCCGAAACAUCAUUGACAAACGUUAUAAUAGGAUAAAUUAGUGAUUUUACUUAAAAGUAUAAGCAUACAGUGGGAUAAAAUGAAUAUACAUGUGUACGAAGUUCCAUUAGUUGGUACUUUACCAAUUGCUGUGCAGCAACAGCCUCCGCCGCCACCACAGCCACAGCAGCCUCCAGAGCCGCAAAACCACCUUAGCGAGCUAAGCCACAACCCGCCUCCCGAACAGCCUCCAGCUCCAGACGAAAUAAAACCCAAAUUAGAGAAGAAAAAAAAAGAAGCCAUCGACGGACAAGCGCGCGAGAUAAUUUUUAAAGUUAUAAAGUUCUUUGAGAGCGAAAAACAGAACAGAGGCUAUGCGUUUCCCGUGGAGAAUGUAGUAAAGCGUGCGUGCGCUGCAACAGGGCUAUCAGAAAGCACUAUAAAGAGGAUUAAACGGGACGGUUUGCGCGCAGAGGCGACUCAAACGAAAAUGACCGGACCAAAGAAAAAACGAGUGCGAAAGACUAAGGUACAACUAGACUACUUCCAGUUAUGCGCAUUGCGAGGUAUUGUGAACAGUUAUUCGGUACGUAAAGAGGUGCCGACGCUCGGUAAAAUUUUGGCGGCGGCAAAGCUUGAACUAAAUUACCGAGGCGGGAAAGAGUCUUUGCGGUUAAUAUUGUUGAAUAAGUUGGGUAUUAAGUUUAAGAAGUGCGAGAAGAAGAAUAAAAAGCCGCCGGAGCCUCCACAGCCGCAGGUACAACACAUACAAAAUGUGAUGCCUCAUCACCAGAUGCAGCCAAUGAAACCUAUAGAGAACCAGUGCGUGUACACAACCAUGAUGCCGCAAGUACCGCCUGUUAGUUACUAGAUCUGUACGGAGGCUUGGGAUGUCUGACCGCUAACAGCAAACAAUGUAAUUUCUUUUUUAUUACAAAAGUCAAUUGUUUUGAGGUUCCGUAUAUAGGAAAUGUUUGGUAAAAACUACUUAAAAAGGUUGUUGUUGUGGACAAACAUACAUGUAGAAUUAACAUGCUAUAUUGACUAACACCUGAGUAAGUUUUUUUUUAUUUAAGUCUGAAGUAUGAUUCCCAUUUUAUCAGGGCGAAGUGGUAAGUAUAAAUAUAGAUUUUUUUUUAUCUCAAAAUUUAUAUUCUUUAAACUUGCUGGCAAGUUAAUAGGUGAUGAUUUUUUAUUUUAUUUAUGUAAGGAAAACUUACACAGGAAUAGUGUUUCAACAAUAGGUUAAAAUUGAUGUGCUUAUUACAUGCUACCAAUGAAUUAAUAAAAAAAUGCAUUACAGAAUAUCCCCCUUAUUCAUAGACGUUAUUUAUCUAAGCUCUAUAUUUGCUGUGAUAACAAGUAUGUUUCUGAGUGCUGACGGCAUGGCAGCCUUUGCAGUGCAUAGACAUAGCGCCGUUGUGAUUGGCUAAUAUUGAGAUACAACUUGAAUCUAGUUGGCUGUCAGCUAAACAAAGCUGAACAAACAGCAAGCUGUCAGAUAAACAAAGCUGAUCAAACAGCUAGCUGUCAGAUAAACAAAGCUGAGAAACAGACUUGUUAUCACAGCAAUGCUCCGACAUUAGAUAAAUAAUGUCUAUGAAUAAGGGGGUAUGAAGAUAUUCACAAAUUAAAAAUAUAUGCAAAAAAAACAAUAACAAUAUUACUACCAUUUAUAUACCACAAAGUGUUACAAUAAGAUCAACUUGAAAGGCAUUAUAUCUAAGCAAUAUAUAUUGAAAAGUUAUAUACAUAUUAGGACUUGACGGAGUUAUCUGCAUUUUACCAAGUUCAAACAAUUCAUUCUAAAUAAAUCAUUAAACCUCUAUGACAAAUUUAUUAUUAGACUUUAUUUUUAUACAUUGUUCUAUGUUGAGGGCUUCUUUUUCCACACUUAGCCCGGAGCAAGUCUGGCUCUUGUGUGUGAUAUGCUUGCUAUAGGUAUAGCUAGCCCAACUCCUUCCAAAAGCUAGGAUAGUGUUAUACAUUGUUAAGAAUUUUGUAAUUAAAAUCAAAAGUUUAUAUCGCAUUAUUAAAAAAUUUACUGAUUAUCGCUUAGUGAUUGCCUUUCAAGCGUCAAUAUAAAUUAUGUUAAUUACUUUAUCAUUCUUCAUGGACACCAUGAGGUAAAAACAUUGGGAUUGGGUUAUAUAAGGAAACACCCCACUACUUUUCUUAAUCGCUUACAGUGUGCGUGAGCAUAAGUGAACUCACACUACAAUGGGUAGCGUUAAAGCUGAGGCUUGGAUCUGUUCUUUUACCCUAAAACAACUACGCUCAAAAUGUGGUGGGGUGGGUUUCCAUGGAAGAUGUGAUCAUUUUUUUCAAAAUGAUGUAUUUAAUUAACCAAACUUACUAUUAUGUUAUGCGUUGUUAUUGCUCAAGACAGUUAUAUUAUUACAAAAUCAUGUUAUCAGGCAGCUGAAGUUUUAGAGAAAUAGUAUUAGACAUUAUUAAGCAAUAAUCUUCAAAUUUUUGUUUAUAUUUUACCAGACGUGUUUCUUCUACUUGUAUUGAGCUAUAUAGUUGCAACGAUUUUGGCAAUAUAUUAAUAUCGAAAAUAAUGAACAUUCAUAUAGAUGGAACCGUUGAUCAGUAUUAUAUAAUUGAAUUAAAAUUAGUUUUCAAAUUUUAUUACUGUUUUUUGGGUUUUAAUAUUCUCCCAGUGUUAUGAAAAAUUUUAACCUUCAUGGGCUCGGAGUGGACUGAGAUGUCUGAAAAGUCAAAUUACCAAUAUCUACCUGCAUUUAUAAAAGCUACAAAGUCGUUGAAAAUACUGGAGAAAAUUAAAGUACAAAAAGCCACGAUAAAGUAAACUUUUAUUUCGAUAACAAAUUAUUUUAUUAAUAUCAGAUUGUUUUUUCAAAAAUUGCUUUGCUGUUACAUAAGUGUCGGUCUUACAUUUAAAAGAGAAUCCCAAGCCUUAAAACAACAAAA